GCCAAAACACUGUAAACACAAAAAUUAAGAAUAUAAAAUCAUUAUUUGUGAGUGAAUCUUUUUUGCGAGAAAGAAAAUGAUACUGUAAACAAUGAAAUGUUCCGUGGAAAUUCGUUGCAUAGUAUGCCAAUUAGUAUUCUGCUGCAAAGAGUGUCGCUGGAAACACGAACAAACAGCACAUGGUCUAAAAUUCGAUUGCCCAGUCUGCCGAGGCCUGAAAUUUCUUUGCGAGCCUGAUAAAUUAACUUUACACUUCCUAAAACAUCUUGCAGAAGAACACUUACCAUUACAUUGCAGUAAAUGUAAUAAAAUAUUCAAUACGAUGAAUGACAUAACUGACAUAGAUAAAUGUACGAGCAUCAGUGAAUUAGUCGAAAAUAAUGAUUUGAAAAAAGACGAAGAGAGAUUUAAAGAACAAUUUGAGGAGAUCUUUGAUAAAACUAGUCACGAAGAUGAUUUUGAAGCUAUUGUAUUUGUUAAUAAAUCCAGUAAAACAGCAGUGAUUACUCCUGUUCUAAGGAAAAAAAAUUUAGUCGAUUAUGAAUCUAGUGAAGAUGAGAUUAGAGAUGAAGCCAAGACUCCAAAAACACCUUCUGUAAAAUUAGCACCUAAAACACCUAAAUAUAAAAGACAAAGAUCAGCGACUCCUCAUGUAAAAAAGCUACUAACAUUGAUGAGACAAAAAGUUAUUGGAGAAGACGGAGAAACUGUAGAUGGUGGUAUUGAAGAAGAUUCUCCAAUUAUAGACAAAACUACGCCGUCAAGAAAUGAUGAAACAACCAAUCAAAAAGAGAUGACAACUCCAACUCAUCUUCCUCACUUAGCGAAGUUAGUUCAAGCAGUGACGACCAGUACGCCAACGCACCCUGCCAGUGGCGGUUGGUCCAUGUUCACUGAUGGCCAGGGAGCUGACUCUCCACUCUCUGAAAUAGAGAAUGCUGAGAGCCCAGUUCAGAGUACCGUUACUGAUGUCAAUGAGCCGUCAAAAACAGACCUAGCAAUCGAGCCUCAAAAGCUAAAAAGUAUCAUAAUAACCGGAAGCCGUCUGCGUCUUGGCAGUCAAGAUAGUUCAGAGAAGCAAGUAACUUUUGGAGAAUCUGCUAAUGGGGAAAAUUCUUCGAUAAAAAUAAAGAAAGUAAAAUUUGCUGAGGAUACCGUAUUUCAACAGGAACCUAAAAUAAAAAGAGUAUUUCGUAAACCAAAGAGAAUGUUAACCCCCGGACCACAAAAACCGCGAUACUGCAUCAACCCCAGAUUUCAAGCACUUAUCAACCGAUUUGAAAACAACGGUAUCACUAUGGCACGGACCCCAGUGACUAAAAGAGAGCCACCUGUUACCACUCCACCUAUGGGCGAGCAUCCCAACAUGCCAAGAGCUAUUGACUUCAAAGAUGAAAGUCCUGCAGUAUCCAUUGAAUCAAAUACAGACGUAGAGCUCUAUAAAACCUGCAUGGAAUAUCCAAUGGAAAGCAAAAUGAAUAAAGCUAUCACAUCACUUAGCGCAAACAUUGCUGGAUCUUUACAGAACUGUAUUACAUCUGUUUUAAAAACUAACGAACAGGAAACUGAAAUACAGUUUAAAUUUGUUAUAACUAAAAAGACAGUCAGUGUUAAGAGAAUUGUUGAAGAUGGUGAAAGCAUUAACGAGAAAUCCAGUGAAGUUGUUAGACAUACAGAUUCUAAUAAGGAGAAUAUUUGGUCGUCGGUUGCUAAAGCUGUGAAAAAUGUUUUCUGGGGUGACACUGGUGACUUUUCAGCAAGGGUAAAGUGCAAGUUUAACGUCACUGAAGGUGUAAUGCUUUUAGCACUUAGCACCAUGUGGGCCGCCGGCCGCCCUCAAAAAUUCGACUGCAGCAGACCACUUUGUGUCUUCGAAUGUUAA